AUGGCAACAAUUACAAAAAUUGAUCCGCAAAUAACAAACUUAAAAUCAGAUGAAGAUUUAUUAAAAUAUUUCACUAGUGAUUUUCGUAAAGGCUAUAUUGAGGUUACUAAUAAAAAGUUUGUACUUCCACAAUAUUAUUUAGAAUUUAUGGAAAAAAUUGAAAAUUUCGAAGUUUAUGAUACUGACGUAUAUGUAGUAUCGCACCCAAAAACUGGUACUACAUGGACUCAAGAAAUGGUCUGGUGUAUUGGAAAUAAUUUAGAAUUUAGUAAUGUAGAAAUUUAUAAACGAUUUCCAUUCUUAGAAGUGACUUCACUCUUUGACAUGCGCGAAUGUCCUGAAUUAUUUGGAGAGCCGAAGAAUCAUUUAAUGGACUCUUUGGAGAAUGUUCGAAAGUCACCACAUCCAAGGUACAUCAAAACCCAUUUACCUUGGGAUCUUCUACCAAAACAAAUAAGAACAGGCGAACGUAAUCCGAAAAUUAUAUACGUUUAUCGUAAUCCGAAAGAUACAAGUGUUUCGUAUUAUUAUCAUUGUCGAAACAGGGAAGGAUUUUCUGGCGAUUUUAAUGUGUUUAUGAAUCUAUUUUUAGAAGGACGAUUAACAUACGGCCCAUUUCCUGCGCAUGUGUUUAGUAUCUUCGAGCAAAAGCAUCGCGAAAACGUUUUAAUUAUUACAUAUGAACAAAUGAAAAAUGAUUUGAGAUCAGUGAUUAAAACUGUGAUGAAUUUUUUAAGUAAAAACUAUUCUGAUGGAGAAAUUGCAAAACUUGAAGACCACUUAUCGUUUGAAUCAAUGAAAAAUAAUAAUUCUGUAAAUUAUAGCAAUAGAGGUAAUGAUAAUUUUAUGCGUGCUGGGAUAAUUGGCAGCUAUAAAAAUGAUAUGACAGCGGAAUUAAUUAAUCGUUUUGAUAAAUGGAUUGUAGAUAAAUUUGGUAAAACUGAAAUUAAUUUUUAAUUAGGUGAUUAAUAAAUUUAUUUUGUAAAUUUUAAAUUUAAAUUCGUUUUAAACGUAAUGAGAACAAGAUAAGUAUAUUAAGUGUAUCACUAUCUAAGUAAAAUGAUUUUCCAAAUUGUAAAA